AUGUCAAACUCCCGACUCUUGCUGUGUUCUUGUGUAUUGAUCUUUGUGUUUGCUGCUUCGGCCCUGGUUGGCUGCGGCGGUGAGUCGGCGAUGAUGGCCGCGAGUCGUGGCAGUGCGUCGUCUGAGUCUGCUGAUGCAACUCAAGAGUCAAAGCUUGUCGGACAACUGCAACUCCCCGGCGAGGGUGGUCGGCGGGGGGUUGAGGUCCAUGCGUGGGUGCGUGACUCAAAAGGCGGAGAGAAUCAGCUGUGGAUCCUGCCGGGUGGUGAUGGGCGGUUUGCGCGGGAGUUUGAGGGGGAGGUUACGCGGGUUCGUGUGUUUGCGGGGCGGGAGGUGCAUCGGAUUGAUGGGGAUGAUCUGCCGAAGGUUGAUGGGGACGGGCGGGUUGAUCUCGGGGUGAUUGAUCUGCGUGAGUUGCUCGUUGGGUACCAGAUGCGCACGCGGUUGGCUGGGGGAAAAUCAGAUGGGGAGUAUCGGGCGGCGUUGUGGAUUGGACCGCCUCCGACUGGGCCUCGUGGGUCGCUGCCUUCGCUUGGGUCGGCGCAGUUCCCGACAUUGGAGCUUGGUGAACAGGUGGAGUGGUUGCUGCCGGCGGAUAUCAGGGAUGUGUACUUUCUUGUGGAGCUUCCCGAUGGUGACGGGCGCGGGAGGGACUGGCGGAGCGGGGAGCAGCGGGUGUUUGGGGCUUUUGAGGCUUCGGACUUCCCGGUAGAGCUUGUGGUUGAUUGA